UUGUCAAAUCCAGCUGAUUUUAGUAAGAGAAAUUUUGUCUGCGUUUUCAAAUUGUUUUGAUGGACAGAUAAAUAUUUGUGAUAAAUAAAUUUUAAAGACGAAAAUAUAAUAAACUUGUGCAUAGUAUGAAUGCAAAACCGAUAAUAACAUACUCGGGCGCUGGUCCACUGUUUCGGUCGCUUGAAGCUCAAAUUCUUAAUGCUAUACCAUUGGACACAUGCGAAUGGCGACGUACAUUUCAUCGUCCGUCGAAACAAGUACGUUUAGAAGUACAAACCCAACCUUUUAAUGUAAAUGUGCUUGAAAAAUAUAAAAAAGGCGAGUGGAGUAUAUUGGAGCAUCCCAUCUUGCACAUCUUUGUUACAGAAUGCAAUGACUUAGACACGUACAAAGCUUCGGCGCAUGAAGAAAUUAAAAAUUGGUUGAAACAGUUAACUUCAUAUGGAAUCUCUGAUUGGAUGAUUUUAUUGGUAGAGACAUUGGACGUUCGCAAAGCGAAAAACCUACUACCACGAACAACAGUGCUGGAUAAAAUACGCCAAGAUUUUGCUACGAAAAAUGAUGAUCGAUGCAUUUCAGUGUUGAAUCCUGCGAAAUUCGAGCAGAAGUCUGCUGAGUCGUUUCGUUGCUUGGUUCAACGCAUUAGAUUCUUAAUACUUGCAAGUUACAAUCGCAACAUCGCUAAAUAUGAGGAACUUAUACGAAGCCGACGCGAAAAACGCAAUCAUGAUGGCUGGGAUUUUCGCCAGUACUUUUUUAUGCAAGAAGAUUUGGCAUUGAUCUUUGAGAAACUUGAAUUACAUACUGAAGCGCUCAUUCAAUAUGACGAAUUGGACGCAAUGUUUUCUCAGUUCAUAACUAAUACUGGCUUUGGCGAAAAACAAAGAUGGCUGGAGUACUUUAGACAACCGUUAAGUUCAUUUCACGGCAUUUGCUUAAGUCGACGAGAUAAGUUUGAAAUUCGCAAUAAAAUUAAAGAAGGGCCAGUUUCCAUAUUAGAAUUCCGCAAUUACUUAUUCGAACGGCAAGCUCAUCUUUUACAACAGAAUAACGAGACACCGGAAAUCGCCAGACGUCUGUUGAAUUUUCUGUUUUCAACCUUGCGAGAAAUUGAACUUGUAAAGUUAGAUACUCCAGAAGGAGCAUUGUCAUGUUGGGAAUUUGUUUGUGCUGUGGAAGUAUUGCAGACUUGUGAGCAGGCCAUGGAACCUAACGGUAUGAUUUGCUUUCAACAUUGUGCGCCCAUCUGGAAUUUAGCAAAAGAUAAAUUAUAUGAAUUGGGCAAACUUUGUGGUCUACUUCCGGGCUUUACACCUUCGUCUGAACAAUUACACAUCGUCGUGCAACUCUCUGCUGGAAUUGGUGACACACCGUUGGAACAGUCGCAGUUUUUGAAUCCUACACCCCAGAUUUCAGAGCAAAAACGGGAUCGGUCGCCCAACCGUCGACCGAAAAAACCAGCUACGGACCAAUUGAAAGAAGCCUUAGGAUCCAAUGAAGCAUUUCAAAAGCUUUACUUAGAGCUAGCUGAAUUGGCAAUUAGCACUUACAAACAUGUUACACGACUUCGUUCUGCCCGUUUAGUGGGUCUAGAUUUAGGCAACUUUUAUUGCGCACUCAAUGAACCGCAUAAAGCAGUUGGUUUCUUCACAGAUUUGUUGCGUGAAUUAAAGGCCGAAAACUGGCACGCCUUAAGUUCACAGACGUUGCUGGAACUAGCUAAUUGUUACCGUAAAAUGGGAGAUUCUUUAGCUUAUACAAAAACAUGCAGCUCCAUAUCCUGCUGUCAAGAGUUGGAGAUGCUGGUGCGUUCGUUUUAUUUCGAUGAGUUCCUCAAAUCAGUAAAGACACUUACAACCUCUCUCUCAGCACAACCAUCUUUGGAAAAUGCUAAUUAUUGCGUACUUGAAGAUCAUUUUCGAAUUUGCGAUAUAAUUGUACUGAAUGAGGAACCAAUAAUACAAGAUGAUAUUAUUAUGGUACAAUUAAAAUUAGAAAGCAUGUACCCACGAGAAGUAGUGGCUGAAAGUAUACAGCUUUCUUAUGAAAUACAUGCUUCACCACUUGCAAGCGAGGCGACGGUGCCAAAUCGAGCCGCGCUGGCCAGUAGCUCAAUAGACGGAAAGCUUAGUAGAAUACCGACAUCAUCACCACUUAAAGAGUCUCGUCUUAAGAUGUCACUGCGUUUAGAUUAUAAACAGGAUAAUACCCUGGAUUGUGCUUCGGUAGAAUGCGACGUGCCCAAAGCGAAGCAACCCGUUCGACGUACUAGCAGUACCAAACGGAAGCUUUCGCCUAGUGUGCAGUCUGACUUUACGAAUUUCGUAGCAACGGAAAAUGUUGCCAUACCACCUGGAUAUAAUAUUAUCGAGUUGAAAUCUAAAGCUACCCGUGUGGGAACAUGGGACUUCAAGCAGAUGCGUAUAUCUAUAUCACAGUUGGAAUUCUUUUCGGAGAAUAUUCCAUUUAGAGCAUCACCAUUUGUGAUCACCACCAAGCCGGCUGCGGCGGUGCUUAACUUUAAGAAUUUGAUUGCAGGUAUUGAACAACCCGUUCGUUUGAUUGUUUCCGGUGGGAGUUUCAUAUUCCCAACUGAUGCUAAAAUUACUUUGAAAUGCUCAAAGAAUUUACGCAUUCGCAUGUCAUGUCGUUCUGGGGAAGAAAAUGGUGACAAUCUUACUAACGAAAGUGAAGGUAUUCUUCACGAAAUUGUCAAAGAUAAAGUUACUACUACUGCUUUGGAAGAUGACUCUACAUUUGCUAGUGUACUGCAAGUUCCAUUACAAAAUUUCAAAUCUUUUGAGGAACGGGAAAUUCCGCUAGAAGUAUUAACUGACUUGCCAGGUCGCAAAAUAUCUAAGCAUUUAGAGCAUUAUGUGACGCUAACAUGUCCAUGGUCCCGUAAUGAACUGCAGAUAGCGAUAGAUUUUCAGCCCGCUUUGGAGGCCCAAUGCCGUCUACAUACCUGCGGAACUCAAAAAUUCUUACAUGUCGUGAUGAAAGGACUGGAAGCAAAUUUAUAUUUAACGGAAGCAAAGGUCAAAUGUGAUGUUUCUGGUGUGCGUCUAAUAGAUUUGAAUCCACCAUCACAAGCGCGAGUGCAAAUCUAUAAAGGAUUAACGGUCUCUUAUCUUUAUGAAAUACAAGUGGAACCGUUAAAAGCUGAGGUAGAGUUACCAGCGGUCAUCAAAGUGCAUUUUAUAACAAAAUACUCAACCGUAGAAAAUCCGCAAUUGUUGCGUAACUACGGCUGCGCUUUCGAUUUAGUAGACUAUACAACGCUUUUCAAGGUGCAAACACAAUUGGAACCAAACGAAUUGUGUCGUCUGCGUUCUGUGUGUAAUUUAAAUUUGAAAAUUACUAAGGUACAUGAAAAUCCCUAUGUGGACUUAAUGUAUGAGGUGCUGAGCGAUCAGAAUUUAUGGGCAGUAUGUGGACGGUCAGCAGGCGUUGUAUCAAUGAAAGAUGUGGAUUGCCACUCAAUAUCCUUGGACGUCAUGCCCUUGAGUACGGGCUUUCUACCGAUGCCGAAUAUACGCUUGUCACGUUAUACAGCUGGUGGGAAGAACAAAGCUGAUACACAUUCCAAAGUGCAUCCAUUUCCACAGGGUCAAGUUUACAACAGCACAAAAAGUAUGCAGAUUCAUGUCAUAGCCAGCAGCAAUGGCGAACAAUAGAAUUAAGGUUUAAACUAAGCGAAAUUUAUCAACUUCUACGUACAUUUACUCGUCUGUAGUUAUAUUAUUUAAGGGCAAUCUGUGAAAGUAUUAUUGUUGCAAUAUUUUUGAGAGAGAGAAAAAUUUGUUCGCAUUCACAAUCGAGUUGUUUAGUAAAAAGUAUACAUACAUAUUUAUAGCCAUAUGCAUGGUCGUAUGUGCAUACAUACAUACAUACAUACACAUGUUUUUUUAUUUGAUAAACUCCCACAAGUAUCUACUGAUAUUGCAUAUUUUUGCUGACAUAUAAACCAUUGUUGACAUCAAUUUGUAAUACGAGUAUAUUAAUUAAAGUAGGAAUUUUAUAGUA